AUGGAGCAGUGCACGUGGCUGCUGUGGUUGGCCGGCUGGUGGGGCCUGGGGCAGCUGGCGUACGGAGAGCCUGGCCCCUACGUCCUGUGCCUCAGCCUGGCCUCGCACCUCCGCGUCCCGCCCCCGUUUGGGCAAGUCCCACCGCUGCUGGACGUGCUGAUGACCUAUCUCAUUGGCCACAGCACCUUCUACGCUUGUCUCUUCGGAGGCCUUUUCUGUCUCAGCAGCUCCCUUUGGCGGCCUUGUUGGCUGCUCUCCUCUGCAUCCUGCGCCUGGGCCAGCCUGCGGCGCCGGCAGGCGCUGUCGCUGCUCGAGCUGCAGCCGCAGCCGCGGCCUCCGCAGCCCUGGCUGACCCUUCUGCAUCCCUACAACUACUUCUUCCUGUCGGAGGUGCCUGGAGCGACUGAGCCUGUCCGCAUCCAGCGGAUUCAUCCCCCGACGCUCCGCGUUCCCAUUGACCUCUGGCAACAGGCCCCGGCCGCGGCGGGCCUCGCUCCGGCGGCGCCGCGCCCAGUGCUGAUCCUGCUUCACGGCGGCGCCUGGCGGGGUGGCGGGGCGCGGGUCUCGCCACAGGGGCCACUGCUCCAGGCCCUGGCCGCGGAUGGCUUCUUGGUCGUCAGCUUCGAGUACCGGCGGCGGCUGGGCACACAGUGGCCGAUGCAGCUGGAGGACUGCUUGGCAGCCCUGGAGUGGCUGGAGGCCGAGGCCGCCGGGCUUGGAGCCGACCUGUCGGAUGUCUCCAUUGCCGGCACCUCUGCCGGGGGCCACCUGGCGGCGCUGCUGCUGGCUCGGAGCCUGGGCGAGCGCCCCUCCUCCAUCCGAUUCCGCGCCGCCCUGCUCUUCUACCCUGCCCUGGAUCCUGGAGAUCGCACCGGCGCCACCGUGAAGUCCCCAUUUUCCUGCAGAUGCCUGGGAGUGAGGCAUGGGAUGAGUUUCCUCGCUUGGUUCUUCGAGGUGUUCGUCCUCUGGCAAGAUCGCCGGCUGUGGCCAUCCGCUGAGCCCCUGGAAGCUUUGCAGUCUGCGUCCGCUGCCAGCCGCGAGCUCGCAGAAGCGUGGCCCCCGACUCUGAUCGUCCACGGUGAGUUGGAUGGCGUGGUCCCGGUGGAACACAGUCGCCGCUUCUUGACACAGCUUGCAGCUGCGUCUGGCACCCAAAAGCAGGGUGGAGACGACCUGAGAAGCCAGGAUCAUCUCUUCACCGUCCCCCUGGCCCGGCAUACUUUCGAGAUGGCCAUUGGCGACCUGGCCAAUGCUUCCUACGACGCCGCUAUCGCUUGGCUCUCCCACGUGCGGAAAGAUGCGUGCGCGAGGUGA